GUUUAGCUGUUUUCAGUAGACGGCAGUGGCUGACCGACUGACUCUGCUCUGUUCUGCUCUUCCAACUGGCAAGAGCUCAAUGGCUGUGGAGGGCGCAGGGGGAAAUGGAGUGGAUCUGAAGGAACGCGCCGGCUGAACCAAAGGGAUUUGUAUCACUUGAGACGGAUUUACAGCCUCUUCCAGGAGAGAAGGAGAAGGUUUGCAAGAUGAUGUCCGACGCCAGUGAGAUGUUGGCAGCAGCUUUGGAGCAGAUGGAUGGGAUCAUCGCAGGCUCCAAAGCCAUGGACUACUCCAAUGGUCUGUUUGACUGCCAGUCGCCCACCUCACCCUUCCUUGGCAGUCUGCGGGCGCUGCACCUCCUGGAGGAUCUACGGGGGGCGCUGGACCUGAUGGACACAGAGGAGCGGGACAGUUUGCGCAGCCAGGUGCCGGACACCACAGCAGAGGGCCUGGUGGAGUGGCUUCAGGGCAGACUGACGAAUGGCCAUGGAUCUGCAGUGGGGGAUUUGGUCUGUCAGGAGCGACUCUCCCGGCUAGAGAGCGACAAGGAAUGUCUAGUGCUUCAGGUGAGCGUUCUGACAGACCAAGUGGAGGUCCAGGGAGAAAAGAUAAAGGACCUAGAAAUGUGCCUUGAGGAACACCGAAUGAAGCUUAAUGCCACUGAAGAAUUAUUACAGCAGGAGUUGCUGAGCAGGAGUGCAUUAGAGACACAGAAGCUGGAGUUGUUGACGGAGAUAUCCAGUCUGAAACUGAAGCUGGCAACAGUAGACCAAGAGAACAGGGAGAGCGAGGGUCUUUAUCAGGAGCUGAGUGAAAUGCGCCUCAGGAUGGCUACUGUGGAGACUGAGAAACUACAGCAGGAAAGAAGCCUGAAAUCUACCAGAGAGGAGCUGAUGGUGGUACAGAGGCAGCUGGAGGAGACUGAGCAGGAGCUGAGGAGACUGAAGGAGAAGCCUCUUCCUGAGGUCAUGAGCACAGAUGGAACCCAGAGCAGGGAUAAAGAUAUGGAAGUCCAGAGAAUGAAGCAGGCCGUGGAGUCUUUGAUGGCAGCUAAUGAAGAGAAGGAUCGUACGAUUGAGGAGUUGCAGCAGUCUCUGAUACGCUACAGGAAAGUCCAGGACAUGGUGAUGUCAGUACAGGGACAGAAAGACAGAGCUAAGGAAGAGGACGCUAGGGUGGGUCUGUGUGAAGGUUCAGCCGUAGCUUCACCCGCUGCAAUUACUGAGUGUGUUUCUCUGGGAGGCUCAGAGGAGACUGACGAGCCUCAGCUGAUUCCAUGUACUGAGCUCAUCUCUGAGUCUGAGCUCGCUCCCACAUCCGAAUCCAAACCAGCGACUCAGGAGGAGCCAGGCCCUGCACACAGUUCCUCUGAUGGACUUGGGUCGGAAAGCUUAUCACCUCCUGCAGGCAGAGAGGAGGGUGAAGCUGAGGAGGCAGAUGUUAAAAAGACCUCUCCAUCAGCCUCCCCCUCUCAGCCCAGCCCGGUGGAGAACGACAGCUUUGGCACCAGAAAAAGUCGCUCCUCAUUCGGUCGAGGCUUCUUUAAGAUCCGAGGUGGAAAGAGGACAGCCAGCGCCCCAAACCUAGACCGCAGCCGGAGUGCGAGUGACCCCAUGUUAGCUGAUGCUGAGCAGAAAAGGACUGAGCACCUGGACUUGGCCGGAGCUGCAUCUCCCAAAGCAAAGGAGGGGGUCACAGUCUCACCAGAGGGCAAGAAGAAAGUAAAGGGAAUUCGAAAGUUUUUGGGAAUGAUGAGGAGGAGUCAGUCCACCUCCUUUAACCUAGAUGAUGCUCCCGAGUCAGAGUUUAAAAGGGGUGGAGUCAGAGCCACUGCUGGCCCCAGGCUGGGUUGGUCACGUGAUUCGCAGCGUGGAAACAACAAUGAACUGGACACCCCAUUUGCACGCUGGGGUAAAGAGCAGGUGUGUGUGUGGCUGCAGGAACAGGGUUUAGGUCUUUACCUCAGCCAGGCUCAGCAGUGGAUCCGCUCGGGGCAGACGCUGCUCAGCGCCUCGCAGCAUGACCUGGAAAAGGAGCUGGGCAUCAGGCAUCCUCUCCACAGAAAGAAACUGCAGCUGGCCAUUCAGACUCUGGGCUCAGAGGAGGAUGACGCCAAGGGCAAACUGGACUUCAACUGGGUUACACGGUGGCUGGAUGACAUUGGACUGCCUCAGUACAAAUCCCAGUUUGAUGAGGGUCGUGUGGAUGGACGUAUGCUUCACUAUAUGACUGUGGAUGAUUUGCUGUAUCUGAAGGUGGGCAGUGUCCUUCACCAUCUCAGCAUCAAGAGAGCCAUCCAGGUGCUGCGGAUCAACCGCUAUGAGCCCAACUGCCUCCGCCGCAGACCCUCAGACGAGAAUAACAUCACACCAGCAGAAGUGUGUGAGUGGACCAAUCACAGAGUGAUGGAGUGGCUGCGCUCAGUGGACUUGGCUGAGUACGCGCCCAACCUCAGAGGAAGUGGAGUGCAUGGUGGCCUGAUGGUUUUGGAGCCUCGUUUCAAUGUGGAGACCAUGGCCCUCCUCUUAAACAUCCCACCAAACAAAACCCUGUUGAGGCGUCACCUGGCAACCCACUUUCACCUCCUGAUUGGUGCAGAAGCACAGAGACUCAAGCAGGAGUGUUUGGAGAACCCGGACUACACGCUGCUCACUGCCACAGCUAAAGUUAAGCCAAGGCGUCUGUCGUUCGGUGGGUUUGGGACAUUGCGGAGGAAGCGGCAGGAGGACAGUGAGGAGUACGUUUGCCCCAUGGAUGUUCAGAUGCCCCAGAGCAGCAGCUUCCACAGAGGACUCCGCGUGUACGAGGACGAGCUGGACCAGUUAGAGCAGAUGGAGGACUCUGAGGGCACAGUGAGACAGAUAGGAGCCUUCUCAGAGGGGAUCAAUAAUCUGACCAGCAUGCUAAAAGAGGACGAACUCUUCAAGGAGAUAUCCUCUCGCUCUCCUGAUGCCACCACAGACAACGAGUCCAGCGCGUGAGGAACCGGCCUGUCUUUCACCAGCUUAACCCAUCACUCUGAAACUGGCUGAUGCCUGGAGCUCCAAACAUUGUACUAUGCUCUACAGCCCAGUACUGUGACAUUUUACUAUUAAAAAGCAUACACUGCGCCACCUGUGGAGAGAGUCGCAGCUUUCCAGUUCUAUAAGCAUACUGCGGUGCUAUAUGUACCUUCAUAAUGCCAAUAUAUGUCAGCAAGUAUGACCAAAAGUAUUUUACAAUAAUAGUGUUAUUUAUUUACCUUUUACCAUCUGCAGUAUAUGCAAUGUUUCAGUAUUUAUGAGAAAUGGUGCCAAACAGAAAAACCAAAGACUACAAAUGACAACGACCAAAAGACAUUUUAAUAAUUAUUUUUCGAGUGGUUAUCUAGCGCUUCUCUUUCUUAUUCUCUAUAUUUUACUGUACACUUUGACUCCUGCAUAUCAUUGCAUGUGUUAUUUUGUACUGAAUGUGGACACUUGGUACAGGGAAAGUUCAUUGGGAGGGGGAAUAACAUCCUCAUUGGAAGCAUUUAGCCUGCGAAGCAGUGAUAGUUAUGCCUUAACUAUGUCAGCCCCUGUAUUCACUGUUUUGAGUUAUUAAAGUCAAUAAAAUUUUGUGAAUGUU